UGAUCCUGUUCAUUCGUAUGUAGUGCGGUUCGGUUUUCACCAGCUUCGGGAAAGAAAAUUGGAAAAUUCAACCCAAAGCCAUCGACUACAUCGAAGAAAAUAUCUGCAGGAUAGUCACCAAAUGCGAAGAAUUAUCAGGCUGUUGAAAUCGUUGCAUAUAGUGUAAUAAUCAGAAGCUACGGGUAAAAUCUUCAAAUGUUAUGUCACUGUGGUGAAUGAAACUAAGAGUGGUUCUUUUAAUCAAUGAGUGUCCUCUAGGAAGAUGAUUGUUUCGUUCUGAAUGAAAUUGAAGUUGUUUAAAACUUAGAAGAGUUCAAAAGAUACAGUGCUUCGGCUCGAGUAAAACCAUAUCAGAGUCGUUCAAAAGUGAAUCAUAGAAAAGCGAAUUGAAAGCAUCGAUUGUUAUUCAUCAAAAUGCAACCAUUCUCGAACAACGACUACGGAGGGAAUGAAUAUGGCAAUUAUGACCAACAACAGCAGAACAUUCCGAUGCGUCCGACAGGCGCCGCUAGACCAAUGGUUGACCCUGAAGCGGCGGGAGAAGUCGACCCCAGUCUCUAUCCUCAGGCGAAAGAAGCAACGCACAAAAUCCGAGGUAAAUCGGACAUCUUGGAAAUGCUGUGCGGAUCCGUCGAUCAGGAACUGUUGCCCGUGAAGACGUUCUACUUCUUUUUCUACGCCGCCUUCGGGUCCCUGUUUCCGCUGAUGGGAGUUUACUUCAAGCAAAUGGGCAUGAACCCGGGCCAGUGCGGAUUGCUGAUCGGUACCAGACCAUUCGUCGAGUUUCUGUCCGCUCCAUUCUGGGGAAGCUACGCUGAUCGAUGCAAAAAGGGAAAAAUGCUACUGCUCGCUUCGCUGGCUGCCUGGAUUAUUUUCACCCUGCCGCUCGGAUUCAUCCAGCCACCGGCCACCAGCUGUAUCGAACGAAAAAAUGCGACCGAUUUCGAACUACGAACGCCACAGGUUCCUCGUAUUCUGAAACGCUCCAUCGACCCGAGCCUGUUGGAAGAGAUAUCAUUCGGAAAGCAAACCGUACCUGAGAAUCAUUAUCUGAGAGUUGAACGAUCUGCCCGACCGAUUGCAGCAGCCGGUCAGUCGCCACUAGGUGUUAGCUAUGCGAAUAACUUCAAUGAGAAGUUGCAUAAGGACUGGGUUUCACCCCUAUUCUCGUCCAUCGUUUAUAGGACUCCUGAUAUCCAAAAAGCUUUCUUCCUGCUCUUGCUACUGGUUGUAAUCGGAGAGUUCUUCAGUGCGCCUGCCAUAACCUUAGCUGACUCGGCCGUAAUCACCAUUCUAGGGGAAGACGCUGAUCGCUACGGCCAUCAAAGAAUGUUCGGAUCGCUGGGAUGGGGCUUGGCAAUGUUCUUCGUCGGUAUUGCCUUGGAUCAUUCUACUGCAUUCCCAGAUCACCCUUGCGGACCCGAACAACAAGAGAAGAACUACUCGAUUUGCUUUGCGACGUUUUCGGUGCUGAUGGGAGCGGCUCUGAUUUCUGCUACCCAAAUUACCUUCAAGUACGACUUCUCGGAACCACAAGAACCUCAAAUAGAGGUUGUACCGCAAGGUCCAACUAAGGAGGAACAGAUGCAGAAUCAGUUGGCUGAACAACUUCAACUACCAGCCUUGGCUGCCACUGGUGGAGGUAUAGCUAGUGCUGGUCCUCCUCCACACGUUCUUGGAGCACAGACAAAAAUGUUCGCUCAGACAACUCGCGAGAUGCCGGAAUGGAUAACGGUGCUAAAACAGUUCAAAAAUAUCAAAUGUGCCUCAUUCCUUUUUGUGGCCUGGUUCAUGGGAUUCGGUAUCGGGUUGAUCUUCACAUUCCUGUUCUGGCAUCUGCAAGACUACGGAGGAUCACCGACACUGUUUGGCGUGGCUUCUGUGAUAAAUCACAUAUCAGAGAUAUUUGCCUACUUUUUCAGCUUCCGGUUGAUCACCCAGAUUGGUCAUGUUAAGGUGCUCUGCCUUGGAUUAGUUGGAAACAUUCUGCGAUUCCUAUACAUCUCGUACCUAAAAAAUCCAUGGUGGGUACUCCCAUUCGAAUUUAUGCAGGGAAUCACUCAUGCUGCUGUUUGGGCCGCUUGCUGCUCGUACAUCGCCCAUAACACUCCUCAACAUCUGAGGUCAUCGGCUCAAGGCGUUCUACAAGGUCUGCAUCAUGGUCUGGGCAGAGGUUGCGGAGCUGUGAUUGGAGGAAUGUUCGUCAACUAUUUUGGAACGACUGCCACCUUCCGUGGAUACGGAAUUAUCUGCAUUUUGGUGCUGGCCGGAUUCAUAUUCAUCAACUUCUACAGGAAAGAGCAAGGAUUCAUCUCGGAGAUUCCCACCACGGAGGAUCCUCAUCAGGUUGCGGAAGAAACUGCCCAUCUGGCUCCCCACGGCGUACCCAGCAAUCCAAUCCCUCGAGCGUUGUCCAGCACGCGCCUCAACGAGAUUGGCGCCCAAAAUGGCGACAACGGUUAUGGAACCUAUCAAACCACGGGUGGAGCGCUGGAUGUUCCCGGUGGAGCUCCUGGAGCUCGCAAUCCUUUCGCUGCUCCCCAGAACAACGGCUACGGUGGCAAUCAAUACUAAAUGGACCGUAAUCGGGGCGGCCAUUUGAUAGGUUAAUUCGGAGCAUCAUUAUACGUGGUUUUCGUAAUUCUACUCUAGUAACAUGCAUUUACACUACUGAAAUUAACUUCAACGCAUUAGAUGAGAUCGUUCAGCAGUACAUUUCGGUCAAAGCAGCGACGGUUAAGGUGGGUUGAAGGAUCUGAAUAAACGCUUUCCUCGACUUCAACAGGACUAGUAGCACCAUCUAAUGAACUCAUAUGUACGUUGGAAGCUUCUGCUAGGUUUAGGGAUAUUGAUACCAGCUCUUCUACGUCUAGCUUGAUGAUUAAAGGUUUGCUGCUCUUGAUUGAUAACCCGAAGUUUACAUCGUGGUCCAAACCAUAUCAGUAUUAGUAAGGAUUACUGCCUUAAAAGUGAGUUUAGGAACUCUGUUCGGCCUUGGUACUACCUUGGUUUAAGAUUUUUGCAGCUGCGAGAUUUUUUAUUUUCUUCAUCUUGCACUGGAUUAAAAGUGGGCGAUUGGAACAUCAUGCUGCAGGAACAGUCCUAUACAAAAUCAGCCGUCUUUUCCGGGUAUCUUCGGGUGUCAUGGCUGGAGCUUUCAACUUCGUCCAUUUCUGGUUGCUUUGUUGCAAAACUCUCAGAGACUCACUUACAUUGUAUUGGGCUAUGUCCUUCAAGACAUGACCUGCGUAACAAUGUCACGCCAACAAACUCCGUCCAUCCUCCAGUUUCUUGAUCGCCGCACACUUCCAAGAUCCUGCUCCACUUGGUUAAACCACCUAGUUCGUUGCACCCCUUUUCGUCUUGUACCGGCCGGAUUCAACGUGAACACCAUUUUACCACCCAUCGUACCCUUCCAGCUUUGACGGCUUUCUGGAUACUGGGUUCACCGUGGGGUCGCGCAAGCUCAUGGUUCAUUCUUCUCCUCUAUACGCGGUUCUCACAUACUCCGUCAAAUAUCGUCCUAAGCACCCGUCGUUCAACAACUCCUAGCGCUUGAAGAUCCUCUUGGAGCAUUGUCCACGCUUCAUGCUCGUAGAGGACUACCGGUCUUAUCAGUGUCUUGUAUAAGGUACGCUUAGUACGGAGGUAAAGUUAACCCUUGCUAUUAAUCGGUGCAGACAAGUAGCCACAGGUGUCCGGGCCUAUUUUAAUAAGUUCCGCUCCAAUACUAUCCUUCCCGACUGCUUUGUUGUUUUUCAGCUGUUGGACAGCAUCCUUAACUUCACCUAUUAAGGGAUUUGGCACGUCUCCUUCAUCCGCCGUUUUGAUGAAGCCAUUCUGCCUUAGUCAUCCACGUCUGCGUUAUUCAGGUGUUCAUCCUUAUCCCAGCGCAUUUUGCAUCGAGGCACAUCUCUUCGCACUCCAACUCUUUCAGGCGGUGCUUUUUAUCCCGGAAUAGAUGGUUUUGCAGUCUUUGCUUCUGUUAAAAUCGUUCCACAUUUUGACGGGUAUCUUACUGCAGCAUCAUCGCCCGCUCUACAUUCUUCUCGUCCAAAACCGUUUGACACUCCUCAUCAAACCAACCAAUCCGUCGAUUUCCUUCCACGAAUCCAAUGGUACCCUCCGCUGUCUCCGCUUACACUACUCCAGCAGUCCUCAAGAGGGGCUUCGGUGAGCUCUCCCUCAUCCGGCAACGCAGCUUCAAGGCUUUGCGCGUAAUCAGCUACGGCUUUGGGUAGCUUGAGUCAUUUCAGUUUGUACCGUGGCGGGCGUCGGUACCGGAUGUUGUUCACAACGGAAAGUCUUUGGCGCACUUUAACCAUCACAAGGUCCGAAUCGAUGUUUGCGCAGCGUUAGGUUCUGGUGUCGAUAAUGUCCGUGUCUUCCAUCAAUCAAAAAGUGUUUCGUUCGUAAACUGAUGUGCACUGAAGUUCCUUAUAAUCGAUCUGAAUUCGUACUCCUGACGAACCUGAGCGUUGAGAUCUCCCAUAAUGAUUUUGACUUCAUGGCUUGAGCAGCCGUCGUUUUCACGUGUUAGCUGCGCGUAGAAAACGUCCUUAUCGACAUCGUCACUUGCUAGAUAUAGGCUGUGCACUUUGAUUUUGCUGAUAUUGCAUCUCGUGUCUGUUGCGCUGCUGUGGCCUGCUGCCAUCCCUAUACAUAUGUUCCGUUGACCCAUUCCAGCAAACCUCCUGCAGCGCUACGAUGAUGAACUUGCAGACCCUUUAUGAAUCUGAAAGAAUGCGGGUAUUUUCCAUGAAUCUGAGAGACUUACUGUUCCAUGAUCCUAGUUUUCAAUCGUUAGUCCGUUUUCAAUGUCUGAGUAUAUGUCGAAUGUUCCGGUGCGAAUUUACAUUGUGUGCUUACUGAACUGAUGAUUUUUACGGCUGGCUUAUAAGGUCUACACCAACCCCCUGUCUCGCCGGAGGACCAUCAUGCACAACAUUGUUUAGAGUGCCCGACUCUCAAUUCCUCUCUUUCAGCGCUGAGCUCUUUCCAUUUUCCUUCUGACUCGAAGGCAGCUUGCGCAAAGAUCAGCUAUCUUUAAGUUCCACCAAUAGGCUUGACGGCUACCACUACUUAAUUUUUCUACUCUCGGCAUGGUGGCUUCGCAGGCUCAUGCCAGUUCUGCUGUUAGCUAAUUAGCGCUGAUGUUUAGAGUUAACCUUGCCUGAAAGCGUUUCGACAUCCCGUUUAUCAUCAGUUCCUUGCCUCCACUAUAGUACUGAACCAAUUGAUGUACAAGACUCUCUUUAUCGGCCCCGGAUCCGCUCAGCUCUAGAAGGGAACUGUUCGAAACCCAAAACUGCUGAUCUAAGACACGGCCGCCUGCUGGGUGGGUUUACAAGACCUCUUUUGACUUCGGGUCUCAGAGCGUUUGGCGCGGAGAGGUCUUCGGAGCGCGAUAAACUCUAACAAAUUAUCUAAGGUGAGAAAAAUAACUGUUUAUUUCAACUUACAGUUGAAAGUGCUGUUGGGCAGGGGCGGUGAGGGCAAGCGGCGAUUUGUAUGGCCUUGUUGGAGACGAGCGGCGAGGCUAGGGAGCGUUGUACCAACACGAAGAGGCCGAGGGUGGUGAAGUUGAGAGCGGGACGAAGAAGCCGAGGAUUGAGAAGUUGAGAGCGGAGCACAAGCUUUUCUGAGCUUGUCCGCGUGGCGAGGGCAGGCUUGGCACGACAAAUGUGGAAUUGGCGUGGCUGGCGAGACGUUUCGCCAGAACUACGGCUCUACUGAUUGGUAUGCAGCCGGUGAUUCUCGGACUGUUUCAGGAAUGUCAACGAUGGCUAUGGGCAUCCGGUCCCGACGGUAGUUGGUUAUAGUUGGUGAGUCGGCGAAUUUGGCUGGUCACACAGUAUCGAUUACUAAAGGCGAACUUCGUUGGCACAUGGGCUUUGGGUCUACGAAAAUAGUUACUUAAUGUUACCCGCCGGUAACAUAUAGACGCUGGCGGUGUAUUCCUUAUAUACUGUUCAGUUCAUAUUCCGUAGCAUCUCAGGACUUCAAAAGAUAAGAUCAAUGAUAUACUUAGUACCUUCGUUGGCAAGACCAACGUCGAGCUCAGUAAGGGCCUUUUCUUGCAAUGAUGAGAGAUGGUUCCUCACGUGGGCGUCCAAGCGUUGAAGUCACCGGCUAUAACAACUACAGAUAAAGUGUACUAAUCUGAUGUCACCAACGAACAACAGAAUACAACUAUGGUUGAACAGCAUUCCGAUUUCAGCCCACAUCUUGCCUUCGAAUGCUUUGACUGAAAUAAUAGUCCUCUAGAUUGCAGCCCAUUAGUUGUAACCCACCAACAUCGAUUACCUAGUUUAUACGACUUCGAAAACUACUCUCUAAAACAAUUGUUACAGGAUAUUUUACUGGAUAGUUUAUCAUUUGUUUCCCGCAGUAUAUCGAAAUUAACAAAGCAAACAUUAAAGAAAAAAAAUAAUGCUAGUUUGUAAGCACACUUACUAUUCUAUGGUUGAAAUGUGAAUCUCAAUCUUAGUAUUAAGUAUAACCUUCUUAACUCCACAGGUAAGCUGAAUUAUCGAGCGUUUUCUGUUGAAACUACAGAUAAGUAUUAUCUACCAGACUAUUGGCACAAAUAACUUCAAAUGAACUUGGGUUUCUUCUACGUUAAUGCUAUGUAUUGUUGAGUUUUAUAUUCGUUAUUGUUUCAGAUAAUUUAUGAACUACUUCUUAUAACAAAUCAAAUAUUUAAGUAGAUAUAUAUGACUAUUGUUUUGUUUCGCGAAUUACCUAUUGCACUGAAUCAUUUAAAUCACUUGCACAACGAAGUCUAUCGUCCACCGUAAUACAAUGAUGAAAAGUUUAUUUUACCAGCAUAGUAGGCUAACCCAAAAAGACCCGAACCCCGGAAUCUGUAGCGCACUGCGAUCUGUCAAACUUGAGUCCCGCGUGUAGUAUCAGUGGGCCGUAUGUAGCACUAGACGUGAAACCCAUUCUUAGUCCGACUACUGUGUCUAUAAUUCGGUUUUGAUUAUAUUUUUGGAAUGUUGGAUUUUCUUUUAUGUCUUCUAGGACGUGUCUUACAAAACUAUUUUUCAAUUUAUUAAAACGAUCAACCAUUAAGAAUUCAUUUCAAACGUUGCCAAAAUGCCAUCUGGGGAGACUUAAAUCGGCUAUCAUACGAAAAGACGCAAUUUUUUAAUCAACAAACCAAUGCACGAAUUCAUUGAUAUGGCAUUUUUCACAAGUUUCCAUGGUCACACAAUUAACACGGGAGCGCUCAAAAUGUCAACGAGUGAACUCGUGCAUUGGUUCAUUGUCAGAAAAUCAUCCGCAUUUGUCAAUGAAAAAACAUAUAUUAUUCCAUACAAAACUUUAAAAUCUGGGGUUUGGGUCCAACAAGGACAAGUCUAUUUUAAUUUAGUGUGAUAAUUCCUAACGAAAAGUUUUUAUCGAAAGCAAAUACGACUAAAUGUUACGCAAUGCCAGCAAAAGCUUUAUUGAAGAAUCGUAUCGCAUAUCAGUUUUCACUACAAAUUUUAAAGACGAAAAAUCAGAAUAUUUAAGCAGAUGUAACGUUGAGUACUAUUUACCGUAUUUAUAAACAUUAAAAAUGUUUGAAUGCUUCGCAAGAUAAAAAAUAUAUCGGAAACAGGCUGAAAACUGCUCUUGGUACAAUCUUCUCCUACUAUUCCCACGAGCACCAUGCAAAGCUACCAUUAAAAAGUACUGCUUUUGUAAAGAGAUCAUUCUUUCGGACAUUCAUCUUUUACUAACAUUUCCGUCAUCGUGGAACGAAAUACAUACGAAACAUAGAACAGACCAUUUGAAUACAACUAAGUGUGAAACAGUCAAAAACAUACAACAAAAAAUAUUGCAUGCAUCGUUGUCAUCUUCUGUAACCAAAUAAUGUUAUAUUCGACUGAUUGAAACAAAAGCAGAGGUUUAAAGUAUCAAAACGUAGCUGUAGCCAGAAAGGGUAGUCAUAUUAAACGAAGACAAAAAAGAAAGAAUAAGUAUUGAUGUCAUGAAACUGAUUUGAAUGAAUGUAGCGUAGGGAAAUUAUGGUCGUAUGGUACGAAGGGAAAUCCAGAGUAAAUAAUAAAUUUAACCGGAAAAAACGUGUACAGCACUGAUAUUAAUGUAAAUGAUAAUACAGUUCACGACUAAAAUUAUAAUGAAAUAUUUGCACUACUAAACAGAAAUACAUUAAAACGAGGGACGUCAGUAUAAUAAAAUUAACAAACUA